AUGAGCCCCUCGACGAGCCGCGACGGCGCAGCGAGCAUGGCGCGCUCGCGCUCGAGCGGCGCAGGUGCAGCAGCAGGCGCUGCGUCGCCGCGGGGAGUGCCGGCAGCGUCUGCGCAGCAGCAGCAGGCGCAGUCGCCCUCACGCUCGCCCGCGUCCUCGGCGCGCGCGCCCGGGCCGUCGGCGACCGCCGCGCCCUCGCGCAUCCGCGGCGGCGCAACGCCGCCGAUGAAGAUGGCUCGUCGCGGGAGGAUCGGGCUUGCAGGUGCGGGCGCGUCGAGGCCGGCGCCGCCGUCGGCGGCGGCCGCCGGGGAGCGCGAGGGGCACGAGGGUCCGAGCGGCGAGGCGGCGCCGGCCGAGAGGGGAGCCGGUGCGCAACAGCAGGACGAGGGAGCGGAAGUGCAGCAGGACGAGCAGGAGCAGGGUGAGGGUGUGGGCGAGCGCGAAGCCAAGCUCGACGACAUGCCCGUCUUCAAGGGCUUUGGCGCCGCUCGCCCUCACGGGCACAUCCCGAUCCCGAUGGCGCACACGGGCGCCGACGGCGAGCCCAAGCGCGCUGUAAUGGCCGACGAGGUCGAGGCGGCGGGCAGGAAGGCGGCGCAGGAGGAGUCGAGCCCGGGCGAGCAGGAGGAGGACAAGGUCGACGAGCAGUGA